AUGUCGCGGGAGGACAGCCUCUCUGACGAGGAGGUGGAGGAGGCGACGAUCCUGGGAUCGGACCCCGAUGAAUCGCCAGAGCCCACUCCAGUCACAGGCCCAGUUUUGAAAGGGUAUCGUAAAGAUGCCAAGAAACUGGUUCUCACGGCAGAGCCAGAGGUCCGCCGUGGCCCUGUUGUGCCCGUUUGGCUGUGUGUUGGGCUGGCAGGGGGUGCAGCAGCCUUCGCUGCUCUGCAGCGAUGGAGGCGAAGGGAUCCCAGCCCCCGUCGACCCAGCCUCACCAAGGCCUCUGUCUUCCUGAAGCGGUUCACAUUGGUGCCGCCGAGUGCGGGACACCCCCUCAGCUCCAAGACCUUUGUGGUGUCUGAAAGACCGGGCUGGCUGGAUUCGGCUGGCAGGACUCUGGAGAAUCCAGCCGACGCCGGUCUUUGGCAUGGGGCCGGCGAGGCUGCCUCGGCAGCGACGGUAGCAGCGGGGCUCGCCGACGCCGCGCUGGCCCUGGACCAGCUUGGCAGCUCCAGGCUCGCGGCGGCUUGUUGUGGUGUGUAUUGCCUGCGCUGCACCGCGGGACUCCUGCCUCUGGAUGGCAGCGAGGGCUCUGCAAACCCCCUGGCCUCCACUGCAUUGAUGGCCAGCGAUCCGACCCUCCUCCCUCGCCUGGGCCAAGCCCUGGGGCUCCCAAAGGGCACCAGCGAGGUGGUCAAUUACCUGGUAGCAGUGGACCUGAUUGCAGAGUGCCAGGGCGGCCUGCGCGCCUGCCUCCCCGCCGUCAUCUCCGCGGUCAAGCGCUGGGCGGGCGCGGACCAGGCGCAGAGCCUGAGCCUGGCGGAGUGGCUGUAUCACCGGGUGGCCUCGCUCAAGCACUUUGGCUCCGACGCCGAGGCCGCGCGCCUGGGCGAGGCCGCGGCCACAGAGUCCCAUGGCCCGGACACCACCGCCGAGGGCAUUGCGGGGCGAAAAGUUGCCGAGGAGGCCACCAACAGCCUCCUGGGCGCCCUGCAGGAGGGCUACAUCUUCGUGCUUCCCACGGCAUCAGGCGCACCGCCGGCCAGGGGCAGUGGGGAGGACCAGGCGGCUUUCCAGGAUGACAGCGAGGGGUUCCUGGCCCUGGCGGCGCUAGCCGGCGUGCCUCAGGUGGUUGUUCCGUUCAGGGGCGCAGAGGGCGAGCCCCUGUCGGUGUCGCUGAUCACGCUGCAUCGGAAGGAUGUGGUGCUGCUGCAGGCUGCCUCCAGGCUGGGGCCCCUGCUGCAGGAGGAGGCGUGCAAGGAGGCCGGCAACGACGCCUUCAAGUCAGGGCGGUACGACGACGCCGUACUGCAGUACUCCCAGGCCCUGGCGCUGGACCCGGGCAACGCUGUUUACUACAACAACCGGGCCCUGGUGUACCUGCGCCUGGGGCGGUACGGCGCGGCCGAGGAGGACGCGGAAGCCUCGCUGCGCAUCCGCGUCAGCGCCAAGGCCCUGCUGCGCAGGGGGUCGGCGCGCAUGGCCAUGGGAGAGGCAGAGGGCGCAGCCAGCGACUUUGAGCAUGUGCUUCGCCUGGAGCCCAAUAAUCGGCAGGCCAGGGAGGAGUUGCGUGCCAUCCAGCGCUUCCUCUCCACCUCCACGGACGAGGCUGCGUAG